AGAAUGACUGUCUUUUAAGUUCUCGAAAGCGUACACAAAGCUCUUUCAGCGUAUCUAUAUAAUUAUUAAUUGCUUUUCAAUCUAUAUCCAGCAUGAAAAUAUGAGUAAAGAUAUCAAAAUCUUACAUCUACGAUAACUUUAUUUACAUAAUAACUGAAAGCGUACACAAAGCUUUUUCAGCGUAUCUAUAUACGGUAAUUAUAAUAGUUUUUCAAUCUUUAUCCAGCAUGGAAAUAUGAGUAAAAAUACAGUAUCAAAAUCUUACAUUUACAAUACAUUUAUUUAUAUAAUAACUUGAAUGGAUUUUAUAUUUCAAUAAUGACUUUUUCUUUUAAUUAAUUGCUGGGCCGCUUCAAACCUGAUUUUACCCCACUCUGAUCAGACUUGUUUAUUUCAAGGACCCAAUCAGAGUGACGCAAUGACAGAAGACAGAAGCGAGCCAAGCAACCAACCAACUGACUUCAUACAGAUAUCACAGACGACAAAAUAAUGUUCUGUCUGUAGUCUGCACUGCACAGUUAUUCAGGUUUAGAUUAGAAGUUGAUGGUUUAAAACAAAGUUGUCAAAUUUUUAGGCUGAUGUUUUUUAGAUUUUGAAUAUGUCAAACUUUUAUAAAGUAGAAAUAAAUCGAACGGAAUGGGAAGUUCCAGAAAGAUACCAAAUGCUGACUCCGGUUGGAUCGGGAGCUUAUGGCCAAGUUUGCUCGGCUGUAGAUAACAAAUAUGGAGCCAAAGUUGCAAUAAAAAAAUUAGCCCGUCCAUUUCAGUCUGCUGUUCAUGCUAAACGCACAUAUAGAGAGCUCCGGAUGUUGAAGCAUAUGAAUCAUGAAAAUGUAAUCGGACUUUUAGAUGUGUUUCAUCCUUCAUCAUCAUUGGAUGAUUUCAAUCAAGUGUACUUGGUGACACAUCUAAUGGGCGCAGAUUUGAAUAAUAUUGUAAGGACUCAGAAACUUUCUGAUGAGCAUGUGCAAUUCCUCGUUUAUCAAAUAUUGAGAGGCUUAAAAUAUAUUCACUCUGCUGGCAUUAUACACAGGGAUUUGAAGCCAUCGAAUAUAGCAGUGAAUGAAGAUUGCGAAUUGAAGAUUCUGGACUUUGGAUUAGCACGACCUACUGAAAACGAAAUGACCGGAUACGUGGCUACAAGAUGGUAUCGUGCGCCUGAAAUCAUGCUCAACUGGAUGCACUACAACCAAACUGUGGAUAUCUGGUCUGUUGGAUGUAUCAUGGCUGAGUUGAUAACUGGAAGGACCUUGUUCCCUGGCACGGAUCAUAUAGAUCAUUUAACUCGUAUUCUUGUCAUUUGUGGGACUCCAUCUCAAGAUACCAUUGACAAAAUAAUAAGUGAAGAGGCUAGAAAUUACAUUCAGUCGUUGCCUCCUUUGAAGAAGAAAGAUUUUAAAGAAGUAUUCAAAGGCGCAAAUGCUUUGGCUAUUGACUUGUUGGAACAAAUGCUGGAAUUGGAUUCGGAGCGGAGGAUAACGGCGGAGAGGGCGCUGGCACAUCCCUAUCUUGCUCAAUACGCCGACCCAACUGACGAGCCCAUUUCACAGCCUUACGAUCAAAGCUUUGAAGACAUGGAAUUGCCGGUUGAGGAGUGGAAAAAAUUAGUUUACAAAGAAGUCAUCGAUUUCAUACCUCUACAAGUACCAGCAGCUCAAACUCAAGAUGCUUCUGGAUCUUAGUAUCUUCGACUAAUCAGUUUCAUAAAAGACAUUAAUUUGAUCAUAUGAGUUACAGGAGGGUAUUAUGUAAGUUAGCGGUUAAGAUUAUGUAGUUAGACUUCAAAUCAUCUCAUUCUAUAGUCGAUAGUACCUGGUGCUAGAGAAUCCGUAUAUUUUUGGCUUAGAUUUUAGGAUUUGUAACGUAUUUGAGGAUGGUAGCCUACAGUUAUUAAUUUUUCGCUUGCCAUUACUUUCAAUGGCAAUCUAUCUGUUUUAUUCAAGUAUUUCAUGGAGCAGCCAACGUCUAACGUAACCAUAUACAUAAUAGUUCUCCAUUUUAUAAUAAUUAUAAAAAUAUUUAGUGGUUAGUCAGAUUUAUUUUUGUUUACUUUUAAAUAUUUAUGUGAAAUUCUAUAAUACUUCGUUGUUAUUUCUAAUUUGAGGUUUUAUUUAAGCAUGAAUACUUUAAUCUGGUAUUAAGAUUGGUUUUGUGGUUGAUAGCUAACUUAUUGAUCACAGUAAAUUAUUAUCUUGGAUUUUAGGUAAUAGUUUCUUCAACCAACUUACGUGGUUGCAAAAAUAUAGAAUCUAACGUGAGAUUGAAUCUUUGAGCUUUAUUAAUAUUAUUAGGAAAUUCAUUAGAUGACAUUUUCGCUACUUGUUUAAUCUGGGAAUUGGAGUAUUGUAUAGUUUUCUAUUAAAACAAUGUAUUACAAUAUUUGUAAUAAUGUGCUAUCUAUUGUGGCAGCAAAUUUUUAUUUAUUUCAACUGACCAACAUUUAUGAACAAAUUUUCAGAGUACUCUAAGGUUUAUUUGUAAACUAAAAACUUUAAUAACUAAUUUGCUGUUUUACAUGAAAUUGUAUUAUUAUUGAACUUUAAUUUUCUAUUGGCUAAUGUUUCUUUAUUGAAUGGAAAAUUAUAUUUCAAAGAUAAUAAAUCUGAUAUUGCGUUAUUAA